AUGGUGCCUAAAUCAUUUAAAGUCAUUGUCGUCGGCGGUGGCCCUGUCGGUCUGACCGCCGCCCACGCCCUUCAUCAUGCAGGCAUUGACUUCAUAAUACUUGAAUCGAGGAGCUCUGCGGUUCUGGAUCAAGGUGCCAGCCUUGUUUUAUCUUCGCCGAGUCUCAGAAUCAUGCAUCAGUUGGGAAUUCUAGAACGACUGUUGAAGAUAGGAGGAGAGCUUCAGCACACUCAGUCUAUGACACGAGAUGGAUAUCGCUUUGUGAGCUCUCAAGCAGUGUUUCAAGUCCUGAAAAAGAACCAUGGAAGUGCGCCAGUCGCGUUUCAUCGCGCCCAACUCAUUGAAACUAUGUUUGAUAGUUUGCCCGCAGCGGCGAAGGAUCGUUACCUUCUGAAUAAGAAAGUAGAUUCCAUUGAAUCCGAUGAGACCGGAGUGCGUGUGACUUGCACCGAUGGAAGCACUUACGACGGAUCUAUUGUCAUUGGGGCAGACGGUGUACACAGCAAGUCUCGUCGAAUAAUGCGCCAAGAAGCACUGAAAGAAAAUCCCCAGCGUGAUUGGGACGCGGCUGUCCCUUUCCCAGCUCUGUACAAAUGCAUGUGGUGUAGCUUUCCUCGGGUCGGCGACUGUGGACAAGCCACUGAUACACAGUCCCAGGAUAUGUCAACCAUGUAUUUAGCCGGUCGGGAGCGCGGGUGGAUCUUUCUUUACGAGAGACUGUCUGAGUCGGUGUCCUCGCGCGUGGACUACACUGAGGAAGAUCGACAAGCCUUUGCGGCUAAAUUUGCCGAUUUUCCGAUAACCGACAAAUUAAAGGUUAAGGACGUGUAUGCGACUCGUCUGACUGAUGGAAUGGCAAAUUUGGAGGAAGGCAUCUUGAAGCAUUGGAGUUGGGGGCGAAUUGUUUUGGCUGGAGAUGCUUGUCAUAAAUUCACACCGAAUGCGGGGCGUGGCCUUAACAAUGGGAUCCAGGAUGUGGUUUCGUUGUGCAACGGACUUCAUGAGUUGCUGGAAACGAGAACCGAGACCGACUUGCCAGAUCUAGUCUCUCUGGGUAAGGUGUUCGCGGAUUAUCAGCAGACCCGAUCAGCUCCCGUGAAGUCCGACGGGGACCAAUCCCUUUAUCUUUCCCGCAUGCAUGCCUGGGCAAAUUGGUUCUCUUACUUUAUGAGUCGAUAUGUUCUGUCGUACGAUUGGUUGUUGACCUGGACGCUGAACUCACUUGCCGCCAACGGGAUUCGGAAAUCGUUGGUAUUGAAUUAUAUUCAUGUCGACGAACCAUUCUUGGCAUCGGUUGAGUGGGAACAUCCAUUGCGACAGAAGGCAAUGAAAUAG